UGCCACUCAGCGCCACAGCCUCCGGCCCUCUCUCGUAGAGGCGUGGCGAGACGUAACGCGGCCCGGCCCCCUCGCACCAGGCGGUGGGGAUUGGCCGCCCGGCGGGUGCCGCCAAGGGCCAGGGUGACGGGGAGCCGAGCCGAGCCUGGCCGUGCGCGGGCAGCCCCGAGGCUGCAGCGUCUGGCGGGACCAUGGCGGCGCCGGGCAUGGCGGCACUAAGGAGGUGCAGUGGCGCGGCCCCCCGGCUCCUCGCCGUGGCCGUCUCCUACCAAAGCUGCCGGCACAAUGCCAGCCAGUGCCCCGGAGACGGCGGCCACGGGCAGCCCAGGGAUCACCACCCGGCUCCCCCCGGGAGAUCCCGGCGCGGCGCCGAGCCCAGUCCCGCGGCGGGCAACCAGCCCGUCCCGCCCGAGGGAGCCGACACCAAGACCUACUUGUGGGCCAGGUACCACGAGAUGAAAAAGCUUGUCUACGAUCUCCUUCCACCAGGAGUCUGCAAUCUCCUCAACCCAGCUGCUAUCUACGCUAACAACGAGAUCAGCCUGGGAGAUGUUGAGAUCUAUGGCUUUGACUAUGAUUACACAUUAGCUCAGUAUUCUAAUUUGCUACACUCUAUGAUUUUCAACACUGCCAGAGACAUCCUAAUAGAACAAUUCAAGUAUCCAGAGGGGCUUGGGAAGUAUGACUACAUUCCAGGGUUUGCCAUACGUGGACUUCACUACGAUGUACAAAAGAGUCUUCUCAUGAAGAUUGAUGCUUUCCAUUAUGUCCAGCUGGGGACAGCAUAUAGAGGGCUGAAACCAGUGCCUGAUGAAGAAGUGAUCGAACUCUAUGGUGGUACACAGCACAUCCCCCUGUACCAGAUGAGUGACUUCUACGGCAAGGGUCCAUCACUUAAGCAGUUCAUGGACAUUUUUUCUCUUCCUGAAAUGACACUGCUCUCUUCGGUCAUUGAUUACUUCAUAACUCAUGGCAUUGAGUUUGACCAGGUGCAUCUCUACAAGGAUAUAUCUGAUGCUAUUAGAGAUGUACAUGUGAAAGGAGUGAUGUACAAAUGGAUUGAAAAAGAUCUGGAACAGUAUAUUCUGCAUGGGGAUGAAAUCUAUGCUGUGCUAAACCGCCUGGUGAACCACAAGAAGAAACUCUUCCUCAUUACAAACAGCCCCUUCAGCUUUGUGGACAAAGGAAUGAAGCACAUGGUGGGCAAGAACUGGCGGGACCUCUUUGACAUGGUCAUCGUGCAGGCUGACAAGCCCAACUUCUUCACUGACCGGCGCAAGCCUUUUCGAAAACUGGAUGAUAAUGGAUCCCUGCAGUGGGACAAAAUAAACCAACUGGAGAAGGGAAAGAUCUACAAAGAGGGUAACCUCUUUGAUUUUCUGAGGCUGACAGGCUGGCGUGGGUCCAAAGUGCUCUACUUUGGUGACCAUCUGUACAGCGACCUUGCGGACCUCAUGCUGCGUCAUGGCUGGAGGACUGGAGCCAUUGUUCCUGAACUGGAGACCGAGAUUCGGAUCAUCAACACAGAGCAGUACAUGCACUCCCUGACCUGGCAGCAGGCUCUGACGGGGCUGCUGGAGAGAAUGCAGAUGUAUCAGGAUGCGGAGUCGAAGCAAGUGUUGCUGGAGUGGAUGAAGGAACGUCAGGAGAUCAGGUCGCUGACAAAGAACCUGUUCAACCCCCAGUUUGGGAGCAUCUUCCGCACCUUCCACAACCCCACAUACUUCUCCCGACGGCUGGUGAGGUUCUCUGAUAUCUACAUGGCCUCCAUCAGCUGCCUGCUGAACUACGACGUGAAUUUCACCUUCUACCCCCGGCGCACCCCUCUGCAGCACGAAGCUCCACUCUGGAUGGACCAGCUCUGCACAGGCUGCAUGAAAACCCCUUUCCUGGAGGAGAUGGUGCACAUCCGGUGAGGGGCCAGGUCCUGCAGGCAGCAGCACAGUGCCAGGCUGGCCGUGGGGCCGGGCUGCACGGCCAGCAGCACCUCUGUCUACCACUAAAGGGCGUUUGACACUUACCUGUGUGUGCAGAUGGUGUGUUUAUUUUUCACCCUUCACUGGCUCCAUCCCUUUCCCUGAGGUGCUUUACAGGCUGGACAGAGGAUGAUGGGUGCUUGUUGUGGGCCAUGAGCAUCAGAGCUCACUGUAGAGAGGACUUGCUGUAGGAGUAGUUGAGCUAGAGUGAUGGCGGGGGGGGGAAGCUGCUGCUCCCUGCACUGUGCUCAGAGAAGUGGCUCAGAAUUGGAGUCCUGAGCCUCCAGUGCUUGGUUGGCUCAACACAGACUCCCAUGUGAGGCGUGACAAGGUGUAUCAGGUCUGUAGCUGUCCUGAGAGCUUUAGGUACUAUGGCAUUAGUGAUUCUGCAGGUGGACAGCAGGGGGAUGGGAGUUGCCAACUGAGCAACCAAUGAAGUACAUCGGUGAAUACAUCAUGAAUGGCAAAGCAUCAGCAGUGUUACCUACCCAGAACUGGUACCAGCAGCCCUCAGCCCCAUCCAGCUCCCCACCAGACCAGCCUGUCCAGCUGGUGGCUCUGGUUGGAAAGGAGCAGUUAAAUGUGCAGGAGGUGCCAGGCCUGUGUGACAGCUGGGUGGCAGCAGUGUUCGGUGACAUGCCUGUUUCUGAGCGAGCUCAGUGCCCUGCACUGCCAGUGGUUUUUUGGGUUUGGUGCUGUGUGACAUCAACAUUUUGGCAAUUGAUGUCUCUUGUCACUUGCAGGGGAGCAUGUGCAGCCCUCCAGGGAUGGUGCAGGGCUGUCAGCAGAAGUGGUAGCCUUCCACCUGUGGUUGCUUUGAUGUGGCCUAAGGUUUAUGGCCUGGUGAGGAUGUCCUGGCAAAAGGGUGCAAGUAUGAAGUGCUGCUGGGUGUGGUGAGUCAGAAAGCCCAUGGAAGGCUCUAUGGUGCCUCCUGAGGAGGAGGAAGAGGAAAGGUAAUAACAGUGAUGCCAAAGCACAGAGGAUCAUGGACAAGGGUAACAGCCCAGAGGCCCAGGCCGGUCAGAGCUGUUUUAGGCAGGGGGGGUGCAAAAAGUAGGGUUUUUUUCACCCAGCCUGCUGGGUUUGUCCAGGCUUCAGACUACCCCCUGAGACAGGCAAUGUGGGGAGAGGCAAUGGGGCAGUUGAGUAGGGGGUUGUUGAGAGUUUGUGCCACCCUGAUGCUGGCCCUGGAAAACAGGAGAGCAUCAUGCCAUCAGAAAGCUGAGUGUGUGGGAAGCUGAUGGCUAUGGGAUGAAGGGGUAAAAGGGGUCCCUGGAAGGAAGGCUUGGUCUGUGAGGGCUCCAAGUAUGUGGGAUAUAGGAAAUGUGGCUGCUUUCCAGGGAGAGCAACAUGGCAGAAGCAGUAAGGGAACAUUUGAAGCCAGACUUCUUGGUGCAAACUCUGGAGACAUUGGUUGCCUUCAUCUACUGCCUCCUCCCCUCACUGCUGCACCAUUUGUAGAUGACAACAAGAGUGAUGGUGCCAGCUUGCUUGUGGGGGCAGUCAGUGGUGAGAUGAAGGUAAGAGAGAGCAAAAGAGA